CGCGGCCGCCGCCGCCGCGGGGGGAGGAUGAGGGGGCGCCGCGGUGGGGCUGGUGCUGCAGCCGCGCUCGCCUGAUCGGGCCCGGCGGUUCCCCGGCGGUCCUCCGCUCCGCCUCGCCGCCGCCCCGGGGCGGGCCGUCGCGGCGGGUGGAUGCCCAGCGCCUGCCUGGCGCCUAGCGGGCAGCGUCAGGGCAGGGACCCGCGGACGCCAUGGGCUGCUGCAGCUCCGCCGCGCAGAGCUCCAAGCGAGAGUGGAAGCCUCUGGAGGACCACAGCUGCACAGAUGUACCAUGGCUGCUCUUAUUCAUCCUCUUCUGCAUAGGAAUGGGUUUUAUCUGUGGCUUUUCAAUAGCUACAGGAGCAGCUGCAAGACUGCUCUCAGGAUAUGACAGUUAUGGCAAUAUUUGUGGACAGAAAAAUGUCAAGGUGGAGGGAAUAAUCAACAGUGGUCUGGACCUCACACACAAGAAGUAUGUGUUCUUCUUGGAUCCAUGCAACAUUGAUCUAGUACAUCAGAGGAUCAAGUCCCUUGCUUUGUGUGUAUCAGCUUGCCCCAGGAAAGAACUAAAAACUCUGGCUGAUAUUCAGAAAUUUGCAGAAACUAAUGGAUCCAGUCUGUGUAGCUAUGAACUACAGCCAUCAGAAUACACUACAGACCCAAGGGCCGCCAAGUUAUGUCCUAAAUAUCCUGUUCCAGAGAGUGCACCUAUUCCAUUCUUCCAUCGCUGUGCUCCUGUGAACAUUUCCUGCUAUGCCAAGUUUGCAGAGGCCCUGAUCACCUUUGUCAGUGACAGUAGUGUCUUACACAGGCUGAUUAGUGGAGUUAUGACCAGCAAAGAGAUUAUAAUGGGACUUUGCUUGUUAUCACUAGUGUUGUCCAUGAUUUUGAUGGUUAUAAUCAGGUACAUUUCAAGAGUACUUGUCUGGAUUUUAACAAUUCUUGUCAUUCUGGGAUCACUCGGUGGUACAGGAGUCCUGUGGUGGCUGUAUGCUAAACAACGAAUAUCUGCCAGUGCUGUUGAGACUCAAAUAGCCAAAGACAAUCUUCAGGCUCUUCUGAUCUAUGCUAUUUCAGCUACAGUCUUCACGGUUAUCUUGUUCUUGAUAAUGUUAAUUAUGCGCAAACGAGUAGCUCUCACCAUUGCCUUGUUCCAUGUGGCCGGCAAGGUCUUCAUUCACUUGCCGCUGCUAGUCUUCCAGCCAUUUUGGACAUUCUUUGUGCUUAUCCUCUUCUGGACAUACUGGAUCACAGUCCUGCUUUUCCUUGGUACUACAGGUAGUCCUGUCCCGAAUGAAGAAGGAUUUGUUGAAUUUCGGAUGGCAGGCCCCUUGAAAUACAUGUGGUGGUACCACGUAGUGGGACUGAUCUGGAUCAGCGAGUUUAUCCUAGCCUGUCAGCAGAUGACGGUAGCAGGGGCUGUUGUGACAUACUAUUUUACAAGGGAGAAAAGGAAUCUGCCAUUUACUCCUAUUCUGGCAUCUGUUAAUCGCCUUGUUUGUUACCACCUAGGAACAGUGGCAAAGGGGUCUUUCAUUAUCACACUAGUGAAGAUACCACGAAUGAUUCUUAUGUAUAUUCAUACACAACUCAAAGGAAAAGAAAAUGCUUGUGCUCGCUGUAUGCUCAAAGCCUGCAUCUGCUGCCUUUGGUGUCUAGAAAAGUGCCUGACCUACUUAAAUCAGAACGCAUAUACAGCCACAGCUAUCAACAGCACCAACUUCUGCACCUCAGCAAAGGAUGCCUUUGUUAUUCUAGUGGAAAACGCUUUGCGAGUGGCUGCCAUAAACACAGUUGGGGAUUUUAUGCUGUUUCUAGGAAAGGUUCUGAUUGUCUGCAGUACAGGUUUGGCCGGGAUUAUGUUGCUGAAUUACCAACGAGAUUACACCAUCUGGGUGCUGCCACUCAUCAUUGUCUGCCUCUUUGCAUUCCUGGUUGCUCACUGCUUCCUUUCCAUUUAUGAAAUGGUUGUUGAUGUCCUUUUCUUAUGUUUUGCCAUCGAUACAAAAUACAAUGAUGGGAGCCCUGGGAAGGAAUUCUACAUGGAUAAAGUUCUCAUGGAAUUUGUCGAGAAUAGUAGGAAAUCUAUGAAAGAAGCUGGCCGGGGAGGUGGAGCUGAGGGCAGAGAGCUAAAACCAAUGGCCUCUGGAGCAAGUUCAUCUUGAAACUAGCCAGCCAUAUUGGAACCCAUUGACAUUCCAAAACAGUAUAUAUAUACAUAUAUACAUACAUAUAUAUAUAUAUAUAAAUAAACAGCCAAAAUCAGAGAAAAGGAACAGGGAUUUAAUACUUUUUUUAACAAUUAUUUUUGUGAAACAUGUACUCUUUUCAUACGGGUGGCUUUUACAAGCAGCUUUAUCAUUGUUCCAUUUUUUAAAUUAUUCAUUGUGGUCAUGGAAAAGUUGAUUCUUAUCUGCUUGAUAUUUUAAAUCUGGAGGAGGUAUCAUUGUAAAGAUAAUCUGAAAUGAUGACUGGGUUUAGAGACAGAUUUCCCAUGACACUGCUAGUCUGCUGAGAGUUUUACUUGCUUAGUGUGUUUAAAUUUGCAUUAAAUUCAGGACAGUUACAUGUGAGGAAAACCUUCAAAUCAAGAAAAGUUUCAAAUUUAGUUUUUCAAAUUUAGUUUUUCAAAAGGUGGUUUCAGUGAGAGUUCAUUCAGUUUGAAUGGGUUUAUAAGCAGCCAUUUUACUUUACAGCCCUGGUGGGGCACCGUUUUGUUUAUCAGUAUCAGAUAUCACAAUAACCAACUCCUCAGGUAUUCAGGUGUGUGGGAGCCCUUGCAUCUCCUAUUAAACAGAAACUAGAAAAUGGGGACAAAUAAUUUUUAUAUGCAAUUAACUUCCUGUUUUACCCCUCUUACCCAUUGCCCACAAUCCUCCCCUUGAGUUCAGCAGCCUCCUUCACACUUCAGCAGUGCUUCUUUGAAGGCUCCAUGUGAACAAUUGAAAUAACAGAUUGUUAAAGCUCAGUCUUAGCCAUACUCAUGAUUAAUUCAUGACUAGAUGUAACGAUGCUGAGGGUGGGAAGAGAAAUGAACUGUACUGGCGUACAAAAAAAAGUACUGUAUGCUUAAUUUUAUUUAAUGCUGGAGAGCUUUGGGAGGUGGAAGGGACCAUUCCUUGCUUGUUGUUUCAUCCAUAUUUGUAUGUACUGUAGCGGGUGGCUAAAACAGGAAAGGGCAGAGAAACAUUUCUUUGGAAGUGUAACUGCCAGGAUAGUUAUCUAAAGUUAUCAAAUAACAACAAGAAACGUGCGUUUUUAUUGUUAGAUAUUUACAUUUCUUUUCAGUCUGGAGGUUCACCAGAUAUGAAUACUAAUACUCAAUUCUUCAGUAUAUUGUAAUCGUAAAUGCUUAAAAGUGUAUUUGCUAAGAAUUCAUGAUAUGUCUAUGCUAUAAACUCCUUUUGUUACAAUUUUUUUAAGAAAACUAUUUUUGUUAAUGUAAAGUUAAUAUUUCAGAGCAGAAUUUUUAAACUUAUUGCACUAAAUACAAGCUCUGUACAAAUAAGUAAUGCCUCAAUUGUUCGAUCACUCCAUUCAAGAAAAUCUUUUGAAAGAGAAAAGUCCUUCUAUAGAAGCUUUGCGAUCGAGCGGAGAGGUAUGUCUAGGUAAAGACAUGCACAACUCGUGUUAUCAAGGUUUAAUAAGUAAGCAGUUCUCUGUGCUUCCUUUCAGAGGAUCGGGCUUUUAAAUUGCUGACAAAAGUCUUAUAAAUAAAUAAAUAAAUAAAGUAGUAUCAUGUAGCUAACCAGUGCCCUUACCUUUUGGCAAUAGUGAAAUACUUCACUUUUGCUUCUAGAAGUAAUUUGAUAACUUGAAUUUGUUUAGUUUUCUUUCGAAAGCAAAUUAAAAGGAUUUACUCUUUUCAUACCACAGAACCCAAACUGUAUGAAACGUGUGAAAGUAAAAAUACAUUUAGAAAUUAUAGCUGCUGGGGAGGCAGGGAGACAGGACUACCCAAUCCUGCAAGCACUUAGACGCUCAUUUAAGGGAACCAUAUCAGUAGCUCCACUGACAUCAGGGGGGCUCUCUAUGGAAGCUGUAAGUUACACAUUGGUGUAAGUGCUAACUGCACUAGAGCUUCAACCUAGGGAUCCCAACUGGAGCGCUGGCGAGGCCUCCUAGUGCAAGUUAGACUAUCUAGAAGAACUACUGGGGCAGCCUUGCGUUUGUGGAGAGGAGGCAUUCCUGAUGUACCAGUGGCUAAGACAGCAGUAGCGCUGAACACCAAUAUUUGUGUAGAUCAGUGGGGUUUAGCAACAGAAAUGUAAAAACUGGCUCAGAUGAAUGCUAGAAACUGGGUUCCAAGGCUGAGAGACUUACCACGUACACAGUUGCUUCCAGAGAAAUUAAUUUCCAUCUUGUCUGGAAAUUACUGAAGGUGCUUUGAUUGAAGACGUGGAUUCUCCACACUUUGACAACAAAUUUCUGCCAUGACCAGUUCCACAAGUUUGUGUUCUCUGCUCACUGGAAGUCCUGGGUGGGGGCUUUUCUCUGCAAUUGCAACUAGGACUGCAGUUGGAAACAAAUUUUGUAUUUUUGUAUGACUUGACUGUGCACCAUUUUUAUAGCAGUUUAUCCUGUUUUAAAAAGAAAUUUGUUUUAUUUACAUGGUGUUUAAAAGAUACAGGCAACACUUUUCUAUGGGUAGCUGUAAUGUUUAAGUGACAAAUCUAUAUCAUUAUAAAGUUCUUAAUAAAAUUGUGUGCACCAUUCUUGAGUGUAUAUCUGGCAUGCAAAGCUUUUUCAGUCAUGCCAAAGAGGCAUUCCAUCCACCUGCAGGCUUUCCAGUGGCCAUUUUGAAUGUCCUUUGAAGUUCAUUUGCAAUCAGACUACAAGCUGCCCUCUUCCAGCCCUGUCUUGUGCAAGGAGAUAAGCAGAAGACUAACAUCUGAAGAGACGAACUUUUCAGGACAAAUUUAGGCUCUGCUUUUCUUCCCUAGUGGGGAUAGUAGAGUAAGAGAACACUUGACAUGUAAAUCCCCAGUUGGUAGUAGGGGUGCUGGGGUCUGCCAGUUGUGAUGGAUUAAUUUUUUUUUUAUUUUUUGCCAGAUGGUUAUUAAAGCUAGUAUAUGGACUGCUUUGUGGGAAGCAGUCUAGACUAACUAGAGUGAUGCUGCACUGGGAAUAACACUGCAGGAGGAGCAGGUGAGACAGCUGGGAUAGAGAAAUCAUCCUCAUGGAAAGUCCACUGAACCAAGCAGUGCUCCUGAGGAGUGGAGAUUCAGGUUGGACACAUGGGGUUUAAAAACCAAGCCAGUGGGAUUACUGGUUCCCAGCAUUUGGUUUCUGCAGACGGUCUGCAUCAUAGCCUUUGAUCAGCUAGGUUUCAAAGGAAAAAAAAGCAUGCUAUACUUCAGAUUGUUUAAAUUUUUUCCACAUCAUUUUACUCUCUGUUCUGUUUGGAAGCUGAGCAGCAGUGCGUUGUCUUUUUGGCUUCUUCCAGCCCUAGGGAAUUUUUUUGGUUCUUUUAGCUCUCAUUUUUGUAUUGCUCUUUCAGCAAAGGAGUGCCAAGUGGCAGAGUGUUAGCUCCCCUUUGUCCCACCGAUCUUAGCACACGCCUUCUCACUUUCCCGAGGCAAUGAUUCAGGAUAUCACCUGGACUGAAUGGGAGGGUGAGUAGGUGCUGAGCUGAAGUUCUGAGGUGGGUUUUUUCGUGUGAUACCACUCCAUCACUGUGCUUGCUGUGGUUAGGAGUGUAGCCCAUCAUUUCUACAGUUUCAGUGCUGCUCCACAGCUAGAGUAAAUAUGUGGUAUGGCAAGUUUAGAAUUGCAUCUUCAGCCUUCCAGUAGCUUGUGUUCACACUGCCAGCCGCCAAAACCAGGACUGGGUUUUACCUGUGGCCUUAGCUUGGCACGGUAACCCAAGGACUUUCUGCAUUAGGAAAGCAUGUCCUGGAAGGGAGAACUUAAGUGCAAGACCCAGUUUGAAGUUGUGGUCAGGAUUGACCCUGGCUAGCAGGUAAGCCCCUACUCUGUUGCUUGCUCACUUUCCCCAGCAGCGGGAUGGGAGAAAGCAUUUGAAAGGCAAAGGCAAGAAAACUCAUGUGUCAAGAUGAAGACGCAUUAGUUCGUUAAGUAAAGGGGGGAAAAAAAAAAAAAAAA